GGGACCCAUCGGCUGGCUGCUUCUCCCAGCGCCCCUCCCAGGAGCCCAGAGUGUGCCCGAGAGCCGGCGCAGACAGGGCCAGGAACAGCACCCAGGGCAGCAGCCCUGGCAGGCAGGCGGCUGGGGACCGACGGGGGCUCCCCUCGAAUGAAUGGAAGGGCCCGCUUCCUGGGGAAAGCGACUACCCGAGGAGCCGUGUGACCGGGAGGACGAGGCCAGGGGCUCCAAUCUCUGGACGUCCUUGAGUGGCUGAAGCCACAGGAACCCGCGGGAAGACGGAGACCAGAGAGAAGACCUGGAUCCUCCUGCUGCCUCCCUCUUCCCUGAAGGGUCUCCAGCUGCCUGCGCGGGAGCUGUCCCCGACGGACGGGGGACCCCCGUUGGACACCGCAGCAGUGAACAAGGAUGGAGGAGGGGGACCCCUACAACUCCUCGAGCUACGAGGACGAGUACCCGGACGACCUCGACUCCAUCCUGGUUCUGGAGGAGCUGUCCCCGCCGGAAGCCAGGGUGGCCAGGAUCGUCCUGGUGGUGGUCUACAGCCUCGUCUGCCUCCUGGGGAUCCUGGGUAACGGCCUGGUGAUGGUCAUCACCACCUGCAAGAUGAGGAAGACGGUGAACGCCGUCUGGUUCCUCAACCUGGCCCUGGCGGACUUCCUGUUCAACGCCUUCCUGCCCCUGCACAUCGCCUACGCUGCCAUGGACUACCACUGGGCGUUCGGCACGGCCCUGUGCAAGAUCAGCAGCUUCCUGCUGGUCCACAACAUGUACACCAGCGUCUUCCUGCUGACCGCCAUCAGCUUCGAUCGCUGCGUCUCCGUGCUGCUACCCGUCUGGUCCCAGAACCACCGCAGCGUCCGGCUGGCCUCGGCCGCCUGCGUGGCCAUCUGGGUCCUGGCUUUCUUCUUGAGCUCCCCGUCCCUCGUCUUCCGGGACACAGCCGCCAUCCACGGGAAGAUAUCCUGCUUCAAUAACUUCAGCCUGUCCGCGGCCAGCUCCUCCCCCUGGCCGGCUCACUCCCGCCCGGACCCCGUGGGGUUCAGCAGACACGUGGCGGUGACCGUCACCCGCUUCCUGUGUGGCUUCCUGGUCCCCGUCCUCAUCAUCACGGCCUGCUACCUCACCAUCGUCUGCAAGCUACAGCGCAACCGCCUGGCCAAGACCAGCAAGCCCUUCAAGAUCAUCGUGACCAUCAUCGCUACCUUCUUCCUCUGCUGGUGUCCCUACCACGCUCUCCACCUGCUGGAACUCCGCCACACCGCCGUGCCGGGCUCGGUCUUCAGCCUGGGCAUGCCCCUGGCCAACGCCAUCGCCACUGCUAACAGCUGCAUGAACCCCAUUCUCUACGUCUUCAUGGGUCAGGACUUCAAGAAGUUCAAGGUGACGCUCUUUUCGCGCCUGGUCAACGCUCUGAGCGAGGACACCGGCCACUCCUCCUACCCCAGCCACCGCAGCUUUACCAAGAUGUCAUCCAUCAACGAGAGGACUUCCAUCAACGAGAGGGAGACCAGCAUGCUUUGAGCCCCGCCCGAGAGGAACCUGCAACCGGCACUCCCAGCCCGGGGUGCCCGGGACGUGGCUGCCAAAGACCCGGGGGGGCAGGCGCCUCUGUACUGCACCCCCGUGAUACUCGCUGCGUUUGCGUGGGGCUGAACCAUAUUUGGAGCUGGGAACCCGGGCUGCGGAACCCCUUUCUCCAGGUGGCAUGGCGGCCGGAGCCGGCCCUGUCUCACGUGGACCUUGGACCAGUAUUCUGAGCCCCACGGGAGACCAGCCUUGACCGGCUCACAGCAGCCGAGGAAGGAUUCUCAAAAGCACUGCCAUGAGAUGAGAUUGGCACAAGAUUGUGGUAUUCAGCCGCCUGCUGGGCACCCCGGAAAUACCACGAUACUCUCCAAAGCCCCUGGCGUGAGCAGGAGAGGUCGGGGAAGACCCAGCGUAAGACAGCUGACACUCUGUCCCCUGAAAACCCCGACCCUCCAGCCGCCCCUUGGGUCGGGCACGUGGAAAGGCACAGGAAGGUGACCUAGCAGCCCACAGAUGCCCAGGACCGUGAACUUGAGGAGAUGGAGACCAGGUCCUGAGGGCUUGGUCUUUGCAAGGUCAAGACCAGGGAGCCUGCAGGCAGGGCUUGGGGUCUGGGAAAGGAACGGAAAAGGUAAAGACCCUGCAAAGGCGUGGGCCCUGUGAAGCCGGUGCCUUUAGCUGCAGGCUUUGGGGCGCAGGGUGCCGGCCCCUGGCAUUUGCUCCCCGGGGGUUGGGUCUGGUGGGCAGCCCCACCCAUCUCAGCUCUGGCUGGAGACGCUCAGAGGGAAACAGAGGUGGAGGGUGGGGCUCAGCCCUGCUGGGGACUGUCCCACACCCAGCGUUGGGAAGCGGCCACCGGACGGAGCCGGGGGACUUGGCUGCUAGGCUGGAACCCACCUUCCGGAACCGUGUCCCCAGAGCCAGGCAAGCAGUUCCUCGUGGCCUGGCUUUCUUCAUCCCGCAAGUGACACUGUCCCAUUGACAAAUGACGAAGCUGAGGCUCUGAGGAAGGAAGCCGCUCACCCAACGUCAGGCACAGCUACUCAGCAGCAGAGAUAAGAUCUGCCCCAGCCCUGCCUACCUCCAGGGGCGUCCCCUACGGAGAAUUUAUCUACUGAGAAGAUUCCAGACUAACACCCUGGCCUGCGCUCACUUCUCACUUUUCACGUUAAGCACUUUGGUGCCAUAUUCAUUCCUUACAGUGACCCUGAGUUAGGUACAAUGAUUAUUUCCCUUUUACAUAGGAGGAAUCUGCAGCUCAGAGAGGUUAAGUCGCUCGCCCAAGGCCACCCAGCUAGUUCGAGGGAGACUGGCUUUGAAUCUCAGUUUGCUUUCUUCCAAGGAGGCUGCAGAGUCAGGAAGGAACUAGAGGCAUGGGGGCUCUUUUGGCACCGGGUGGUCCUGGGGAUCGAACCCCAGGGUCGCUUUACCACUGAGCUACAUCCCCAGACCUUUUUCGUGUUUUUUGUUUGUUUUAUUUUGUAUUUUGAGACAGAGUCUCGCUAAAUUGCUGAGGCUGGCCUCGACCUUGUACUCCCCUGCCUCCGCCCCAGCAGCUGGGAGCAGAGGCCUGCGCCGCCACGCCAGGCAAGAGGUGAGGUUUUGAGCGUGACUGUUGCUCUUUUUAGCAGAUCAAUGUGAACAUCUCAAUGACCUUUAAGAAGCUUUUCAAAUGAUCCAAAAUGGCAAAGAAAAGGCACUUGGCCUCCAGCUUCCUGGAUGCCCAUGAGCACCCCGGCCCUGUGGCUCCCUUCCUCAGCCCCCGGCCCCAGGUCUGCAGAGAGAGCAGGCGGGAGCCGCCUGGCGAGAGGCCCCUUGGCCUCCUGUCUGCUUUCUGUCCUCCGAGUCUCCUCGUGGUCAAGCCAGUUCUCCAAGGUACAGCGGACAGAUGUCCUGUCCAGCUCGCGCUGGGCCCGUGCCCGAGCUGCGGGCUGUUUGGAAUCAACUUCCUGAGGGACACACCGUUCCGUCCUUGUUGGGUCUGGAGUCUGACGAGGCGGUUCUGAAUCCACCCCAGCUGGGCCUCCAGUUGCUUCCAGGAGUCGGAACUUGUCCUUUGAGAGCGAAAGGGAGCUUUAAAGAUGCCGUCCCCUCCCCAGGUUCCCUCGGUGGCGGGGGUCUGUGCACAGAGGCGGUCAUCCCACUCCGGCCUCCUGGCUACAGGGACGGUGCCCCUUCUGGGCUGUGGGGCAGGCCCGGCCAGGCGGUGGAGCCAGGGAUUGGUGCUGUCAUUAGAAAAGCCAAUUGGUGCUGUCAUUGAAAAUGUCACCAACAUGUGCUCUGGGGUCAGCCCACGGGAAACCAACACGCCCAGGGCCUGACACCUUCUCUCUGGGCCAGGACCCAGCGAGCGGUCUCAGGGCUGCCUCCUGGGUCAGGUGGGUCCAGGGACGCGGGCAUGAAAGGCGUCUGGCAUUGGUUAAGCACCUACCAUGUGUCAGGAGACGCCUCCAAGCCCGGGACUGGCCCUGUGGGUGACCAGCCACCUGGGUCACCCAGAAAGGGCGCUUGCCCGGGGCCGAGCUAGGGAGGCCGCGGCCCGGCUGGAACCAGGGCUGCUGUCUGAGCUCUGUCAGUCCUUGGGUGGGCGGGAGAAGGAAGGGCGAGGGGACAGAGAGAAGAGGAGGCCGCGGAGAGCGAGAGGAGAGGAGGGGGAAGAAGAGGAGCGUCUCCAGCCCACCCAGCCAGGCUGGGCAAGCGCAUCAAUGACUCAUGCUGGGUGACCCGGUGCCUCGGGCCAGCUGGUCACGCCCCCUCGGGAACCAGGGUUGGUGCUCCAGGGAGCCCCGUCCAGGGAGGAUGCACAGAGAUCACGGCCCCCGGUUCCAGAAGGGCCGAUGGAAGGAGGAGUGUGGGCAGAGCCGAUGCCCCAGGCCGCGCUGGUGGGGUGAGGAGCCAGGCUGGGCGGGAGGGAGGAGAGAGGGUUCAUGGUGACCAACUCCGAUCUUUCCCACUUUAACAGGCCAGGGCCCUGAGGUCGCCCCAGCCGCCCUGGAUCCGCAAACACAGCUGGAGCUUGGCUUGGGUGGACGUGAGCUGGGGUCCCCAGGCCCUGCCCGGCCACCUCUCCGCUUCCUCCCCUUCAGGUUGGGUUGCUGAGUCGGGGUGCCCGACUCCCAGGGCUGUGGACCCCUGGGGGGACAGGGGCUGCUGGGUGGUAUUCGGGACAAGGGAGGAACCAGAAAGUCACUCCUCCCACCCUGAGCGAACUCAGCAGGCUCGGCUGGCCUGCUCCCCAGGGGACAAAGCCUCCCCUGAAGAAAGAGAUGGAAGCCAGAGGGCGAAGUCGUCCUGGAGGUUUCUGUCACAGCCUCUCCCGUUCACCUCGCGGAAUAGCAGCUGAGGCUCAGAGAGGCCAAGCCACCUGCCCAAAGUGUCACCGCUCUUUUCAGGGGACAUUCCCAAACGACCAUUCCAAAAACUGUGGACUUCAAGGAGUCCACAUUUUGUAAAGGAAAAAUUGUCAUCACUUAGAUUUCUAGCAACCAAGCAUACAAAGGAGGUGGUGGCUUCCUCAGUCCCUAGCGAGACCCGGCGGGUGGGCGGGAACGACCCGGCCUCCUGCGCGCAGGCCUGGGCUCUUCGGCACCGCUCAGAACAACCCAGGAUCCACCCCCAUCCGCAGCCCACACACCCCAACCCCAGCGUCCACCCACACACCCCAUCUCCCAACACCCACCCACCCUCGGGUCUCAGUGCGUCCACUGCCUGCUCCUUGCUGGGAACCCGGGAGGCACCGGGCAUGCAGGAAGGAUAUAGCCACUCUGUCCUCACCAUCUCCGCGGCCGCUAGUGGGAGAGACCGCUCACCCUUCAAACCAACCCAAGCAACGCCUCCCGGGGGAGAAGACCCAGCGCGGAGUGCGGCGCUUAUUCUACAAGGACCCGACCCCAUUCCGGAGCCAAGGACGCUCCCUGGGGAGGUCGCACUGGAGU